CUCUCUCUCUCUCUCUCUCUCUCUCUCUAGAAAAGGUGAAGUGUGCUGUGCAUGAACUGAGUUUACACUGAUUUGUCAAUCUAUUCAGCUUACUCUCUUUUCUGGGCUUCAUGAUUUCUACGGCUGCUUCGUUGUAUCUGCAUUUUUGCUGAACCCCUUUUGGGCUUUUUGACAAACAGGUGGUGUGUGGGGUUCUUCAAUUUUUCAAUUGAAUAGCAGAAAUGAAAUAGCACAGGUGUUUUAGAAAUUGGGUGCAAUAAAAGUAUGGGUAUAACGAAUUCGAAAGCCGGUAGAAGCAAUGCGCUGAAGCUCUGCAAAGAAAGGAAAAAAUUCAUCAAACAAGCCAUCGAUUCGAGAUACUCUUUAGCAGCUUCGCACGUUUCGUAUGUUCAGUCUCUCAGAAAUGUCGGAAUCGCACUCCGGAAAUACGCAGAGGCCGAAGUUUUGGUCGAAACAUCCGUAUCGGUUUCCGGCACAGAGCUUGAUAAAACCCCGUCUCACUCUUCGUACCCUUCUCCUUCACCGCCACACGUUGCCGGCGUUUCCGAUUCUCCGGCGAAUGGGGGCCUGAGCCCCCAUUCGCCUUCCGCCGCUAGGUUUAGUUAUAUGAGGUCGAGUGGGGCUAAUGCAUUGACAGUCAAAAUGAGGCCCAUGCCGAGAAGUUUGCAUCUCGAAGAAGGUGAAUUUACGAUGCCGCCCCCGCCGCCACCUCCUCCCCCCGAAUCGGGGUCUUCGUGGGAUUAUUUCGACCCUGCUGAUGAAAGCUUUAGGUUUGUGGGACAAAACGGUUCGAAUUUAGAAACCGACGAUGAGAAUUUCGGCAAGAAAGAAAUCGAUUUAAAUGAGAAUGAUGAGGUUCACGAAGGGUUUUCAACUCCCAAAUUGAAGUCUCCUAUAAGUGGAAACGGCAUCGGUGAGAAUUCUGUUACACCUGAGAAGAGUAACGAUAGGCAAUCUAAUUCGAGAAAAAAUAAAUCGUCGGUGGAUAAUGACGUAUGUGCUGAAAGGGAGGACCCUUCUGAGUUCAUAACGCACAGGGCGAAAGAUUUUCUAUCGAGCAUAAAGGAUAUCGAUAAUCGAUUCUUUAGGGCGUCUGAAUCAGGGAACGAAGUCUCGAGAAUGCUCGAGUCUAGCAAGAUCCACGUCGGUUAUGCUGACGCGAGAGGUGCUUCGUCGGCCUCAAUUUCUUUGACCGCUUUCGGGGCAGCUUGUUGCCAAGGCCGUAGUACAGAUGUAUCUGAUGACCAACUCGUUACGAAAGUUAUAACAUGGAAAAGAACAACAUCGUCUCGGUCUUCUUCGUCUAGGAAUCCACUUGCAAUGAAAGACGAUAACGAUGAUAGUGGGAGUGAUUUUAUGGAAGAGUUUUGCAUGAUUUCCGGAAGUCACUCUUCCACGCUUGAUCGACUGUAUGCGUGGGAGAGAAAGCUGUACGAUGAAGUGAAGGCGAGCGAGUCUAUACAAAAGGAAUACGAUCGAAAGUGUGACCAACUAAGGCACCAAUUUGCAAAAGAUAUGAGUGCUCAAGUAAUCGAUAAAACCAGAGCAGCUGUGAAAGAUCUUCAUUCACGAAUCAGAGUUGCACUUCAUGCCGUCGAUUCAAUUUCAAAACGCAUCGAGAAAAUGCGGGAUGAAGAGUUGGUCCCACAGCUUCUCGAACUUAUUCAAGGACUGACUCGGAUGUGGAAAGCUAUGCUGGAAUGCCAUCAUUCCCAGUACAUCACAAUCUCCUUAGCAUACCACGCAAAAGGCUGCGCCGUGGCGCCACCUGGCGAAACACAGCGGCAAAUCAUGAACCAGCUCCAAGACGAGGUUGAAUGUUUCGGCCUGAGUUUCGCUGACUGGAUCAACAGCUACACAUCCUACGUGGACUCCAUGCACAGCUGGCUCCAGAACUGCAUCCUCCAGCCGCGCGAGCGCCACAAGGGCAGAAGGGCUUUCUCCCCGAGACGCCAGCUGGCGCCACCGAUAUUCGUGCUGCUCCGAGAUUGGUCGGUUGGCAUCAAGUCCCUUCCCUCGCAGGAAGUUAGCGAUGGGAUCAGGGCUUUUCUGUCGGAUUUGAGGGAUUCGAUCAGGGCCGUUGAUUCUUUGGAGAAGAAGGGAGAAACGGAGGGUGGUGAUGGUGGGAAUGGGAACGGGGAUAGGGAUAGGCCUUCGAAUAUAAGCUGCAUACAGGCAAGUUUGACUAGGGUUCUUGAUAGGUUGACUAAAUUCUCGGAGGGUUCGGUGAAGAUGUGCGAAGAUAUUGCGUUGAAGUGCGAUUCGGCGAAGAAUGCUUAUGAUAAUUAUCGGGCGCCACCGAGAUCUUUUAGCAUUUGAAAAAUAUAUUGAAUUUUGUGGUGAAAUUAUUUGAUUUUUUUCUUUUUGAGGUAGAUCAUUGUAAAUCCUUUAAUGGAAGUAUGGGGAUUUUAUUUUUAUGAGGAUAUUCCAUUGAGUUUAAUUAUUUUAUUUAACC